GGACAGGGUGCCUGACUUGCAAGUACGUCUUAUUAUGCCCAAGCCUGAUGGCCAGCUAGCUAUCCAGUCAGCCAGCCAAUAGGUAACGAUCAGCAAGUAUUGUGUUUCUUUUUUUUAACCUUCUUGCAGGGCCCGAAAAGUGAAAUGUGAUGAAGCCAAGCCACACUGCAAUCGCUGUCUCAACACCGGCCGCAAAUGUGACGGCUACGUUUCCAAGCCGACCCCAGGAUUACUGUGGCACCGGCCUCGCCAGAUGUUCACGAGCAUCGACAGCGCCAGCGAAGCCCGGGCGCUUCAGUUUUUCUGCGAGCGGACGGCGCGGUUCCUCUCCGGCGCCACGGAUCCCUAUUUCUGGACCCACCUCGUCAUGCAGUUCAGCAACUUCGAGCCCGCCGUCAGACACUCCGUCGUCGCCAUCAGCGCCCUGUACGAGGAGCUGCAGUCCGACUCCGGGCCCAAGUCGGCCGCCAUACUGAAGCAGAACAGGCUCGCGCUGCAGCACUACAACGCCGCGAUCCGCGAGCUCAAGUCCACCGACAACCAGCCCCUGGUCCUGCUCGUCUGCAUCCUCUUCAUCUGCAUCGAGUUCCUGCAGGCGGACAAGAAGGCCGCCAUCCAGCACUGCAAGUACGGCAUUGCGCUCGUCGAGCACGUCAACUACUCCUGGGCGCGCGAGCAUCUGGUGCCCGUGUUUCGACGACUGAGCGCCUUCCCGUUCUACUUCGGGGAGAAGGACGAUUUCCCCGACAUAGCUCCCCUGGACGACCCCCUCCCCGCAUGCUUCAGCUCCUUUGUGGACGCGGAGUCGGCGAUGGACGGCCUUACGGCCCGGACGUUAAGGCUGGUGCGGCAUGGUGACGGACACCGCUUCGGGAACUCGAGGUACUCGACGAUUCCGUACGAGCAGCUCGCCGAGCAGGAGAAGCUGGAGGCUGCGCUGGCCCAGUGGCAGGUUUUGUUCAAAGCCUUGGAUGGCGGCAGCCCGGUGUCGCCACCCACGCCGCCGUCAGAGGAUGGGGAGGCGGAAGAGGACUCGGCUCAGUUGACGUUGAAGACUAUCCUGCUAGUGCGCCACGAGGUCUGUCAGAUAUGGCUCGACAUCGCCUUCGAGGCCGACGAGAUGUGCUACGACUGCCACACCGCCGCGUUCCGGCGUAUCGUCGACGCUGCUACGGUUCUCAAAUCCGCCAAUGCCAAUGCCAGCACCACAACCCCCUCCGACGACAAAAACAAUCCCACUUUCGUUUUCGAGACGGGUCUCACGCCGAUGCUCCAUUUUGUCGCUACGAAGUGUCGGCACUUAGACAUGCGGCUUGAGGCCUUGCGCCUGAUCAAGGCCGUUGGGAAGCCGAGAGAGAAUCUGUGGGAGGCGAAUCAGAUGUAUGCGUUGGCCCGCCGGGUGAUUGAGCUAGAGCACGGCGUCCGACUGGAUGGAUCAGGGUACCCUGUUGCGCCGGCAUCGCACCCCGGCUUGCCGGCUGAUGAGAAGAGGAUACGGUUUACGUCGACGGACAUCAAGCCAUCGGCACAUAUCGAUAUCAAUGGGAAGGAGAAGUGUGGGUGGCCGGUUGGGUUUAUCAUGCGCAGCCCGCAGAACUCGAUGUAUCUUCACACCGAGUUCAUCGACCAAUCGUAUCAGUCAUGAAGGCUGAUCUCAUCUCAUCUCAUCUCACCUCACCCCUUCUCGUCUUGUCUAUAUUCAACUCAUUUCAUAUCAUAUUAUUGAGGGAGGGUUGAUUGCUUUCCUACUUCUAUCUUGAUACCCCAGCAUGGCCUUUUGGAGUUCGGGCACCAGCUUUGUCUUACAGAUUUACCCACCUGCUUUAAGCAUAGGUACAUAUUGAAACAAAUUACAAUGAAAUUAGCUACAAA